CUUCUUCAAUAAUCGAAAGCAAUGCCCAACCCAACAGAAAAGAGAACUCGUCCUUCCAGGAAAGUAACAAUUCCUACCAACCAAAAAACAGAGUAAAGCCCAGACGAAGACGAAGAAGAAGAAGAAGAAGAAGAAGAUUAUGAUGCCGUUUAAAGAGGAAAAAGAGGCAAAGAAAGAAGCUUUUAGGAAGUAUUUAGAAUCCAGUGGUGUUCUCGAUGCUCUUACCAAAGUUCUGGUUGCUUUAUAUGAGCAAAAUGACAAGCCUUCCUCUGCCCUUGAAUUCAUUCAACAAAAAUUAGGGGGUCCAUCUGCGUCUGACUAUGAAAAGCUACAAGCCGAAAUGUCAGAUUUGCAAACGAAGUAUAACCAACUUUUGGCAGCACACCAAGAAAUCAGCAAAGAGUUGGAGGAAGUUAAAAGUUCACAUGAUAUGGCGCCAUCAUCUGCCAAGGAGACCACUGAUGGAGAGCCUCAAAAAGAGAGGCUCUGAAAGUGAAGACUAUAUGACAACAUUUCGAAUAAAAUUAGAAGUCGAGCGCGCGAAGCAUUUGUUCUUAGGCUGUUGUAUUCAUCAGAGGCACAUAUAGUGAGUGCAUGUUUGUCUUAAUUUUUCCUCUCUCAAUUCUGGUGAGAAGAGGCAUUGUUUCUGUGUAGUUAACUCAUUAUCGGUCAAAUGCAUUGGGUUUAAGUUCCUUUACCAAUCCUGCCCUUUU